AAUCGAGAGAAAAUUUAAAAUUUAAAAAUCUAUAUAUAUUUAAUGUCACCACUACCACUCCACUCCUUCUUCUCAAGUAUAUGACACCUUCUGAUCUCCCGCCAUUCAGUUCUGAUCGUUAUAGGUAGGUCAGCAAGGGAGAGACCAUCAUCUGAUCGCUAUCACAAACAUUGACACCCACCCACGAUCUUUAUUGCAAACUGGGUAACCGAACUUCCAAGUCACUGCACCCGCUCACGAUCACAGCAGCUUUUGAAUGCCGGAUAAACGUUAACACAGGUAUACACACCAUGCAUGACCUCUCAUGAUCGCAUCGAUCGCACCCCCCCUCUCUGCCUUGACAACCGCCGUCAACCGUCUCAUCUUUUGACGCGUCAACUUUCAAGCUUUCAAGUCGAGGCGAUCAACAUAUGGCCACUCCCGCAAGGUGAGCCACACUGCUCACCGCCCUUGGGGGCUCGGUAUCAGUGGCUGAAAUCCCCUGUCGCGGGGCGUAUUUCACGAGAUUUCAUUGACAUAUCCAGGUCAAAACGUAUAUCGCUCGCGUUUGCACCACAGUCUUGGAGUCCAGUCUGAGUCCAGAGGGGGCUCAAAUGUGAAUUCGGACGAGAUUGAGACGAGGAAGACUUGGAGGUGUGUGGGUGUGAGCGAAUCAUGAUGGUGAUCGGCCAUUGGCGAGCUCAGUAAUAACAGGAGCUUGAAACUUGCAAGUCUGGUGAGAUGACCUGCAAGACCUCUCUGAAGCCGACAUUGUAUCAUUUUGGCAGUAGCAUUGCCAUUGGGGACGAAGUUAGGACAGCCGUUGCCAUUUGUAGGGAACCUGGCGGGGGAGCUGGGGCGGUCGAGAGGAAACUGCAGUCAAGUCUGGAUGGGAUAAGUCAUGUGAAUCACGGGCCAGUCCGAGCGCAAACACUUGAUGAGAAAUCCAGUUUGAAUCGCCCAACCAAUGCUAGCUACGAAGUUAGCCUCCCGCUCAUAGAAUCCAGCCACAAGCCCAAGCCCAAGCCCAAGCCCAAGCUCCUUCCACACCUGGGGUUCCCGCCCCAGACGGCCAGGAACAACUCUGCCUCGAGAUAUGGCACGACCCAUCACCUUAUCCUUGCGCAGUUGACGGACAUACCCGCGGAUCGUCCAUAGAGUGUAGACACGCCGUCAUAGACUUAAAGAGGGCCAACAGUCUGUGAGGGUCUUUCCAGGGACGAAAUCCAUGACAAACGCGCUCUCUUUCCCCUGUAUUUGAAGACCCUG